AAGGUCUUAGGUAGCAAAGCUUGUUUCUUUUUACAACUCUCUAGUGUUUUAUCCUGUCGCUUCGAACACUGAGUUUAUUUCGACGACUUCAAUGCCUCAACUACGACCUAUCAGCUCGACAUGGUAGUCCAACUACUCCAUGAGGUAGUUGGUACUGCUAUCGUGGUUCUAUUAUACUCCCUCCUGUGUUUGGCGACUAGUUUUAUCAUGAUAUGGCUGGUAUGGGCACAUCACGAGAGGGAUAGCUAUGUCGCACUACUUUCGUACUUUACGCUUUUGGGAACCACUGCUAGCAUUAUUCAGCAGCUUCAUACCUUCAUCUGGUGGAGGGAUGUCAAAAUUGAACAGUAUAAAUAUGCCAUUUCGCAUCUCGGUAGCCCUGAAAUUGCUAUCGCGGGACCUUCCGUUGGGCUUGACCUUGUCCUCUUCUAUAUACAAUACUAUACAUACAAUGCAGAAGCAAUACUUACGCUUUUCUGGGCCAUUUCACUUACGCGUACCGUCUUCAAAUUUACCAAUUUGACGACCUUUAGACGUAUCAAAUAUAGAACGAGUCAACUAGCCAAAGUCGUCGCAGUCAUCUUCCCUGGACUUCUAUUGUGCCUCCUACGGUUGAAUAUAGUCCAGAGUUCACAUAGGGGAUUCUUAAUACUUGCCAACUUCAAUAUAAUGAUCAGCCUAACUAUUGGCAGUAUAUUGUUAAUAGCAAUCCUUAUUAAAUACAUUUACACUCGACGUCGACUUGUUUCAUGGAACGCCCAUUACUUAUUUUCGAGGCGAUCGCAAGAGGCGGGCGGAGAAAUUAUCAACGUGCUGGAUCGUGGAGAUCAUCGUCAGAGCAUAUACGACCGCUGGCUAUUAUUACGCUUCACUAUCGCGUUUGCAGUCUUAGGGGUCUUUCAGCUGUUCACAAUUCUGCUAGAGGUGUCACAAUUGUCAAACCACACGAUGGAAAAACUAGGCGAAUCCGCGGAUUUAUCAAAGGAGAGGGCCAAAAAUGAUUUCUUACUCUUUAUGCCAGGUGUAUCAACAAGUCUACUUGUAUUCAUUGUUUUCGGAACUACACGAACUUUUCGAAAAGCAAUGUAUAAGACAUUCGUCCCGAAGAGGUUUCAAAAAAAGCCAACCGAGGCAGCCCCCGCGACGAUUAUAAUGCCCGACGAAGACAUCCAUGCCAACGAAGAAUAUGGAGCAAGCUUCUGUGAUGCAAAAGGGCAAAGGCCGCCUGACUUGGGGCCGAGUAUCGUAGACGAAGCAACGGCGGCGGCGGCUGAGACAAGCCAGCCUCUAGCGUCUACAGAUUUGGCCAGGGGAUGUUAGUUAAGAUAGAAGACAUUCCUUGACGGUAAACUAUAAAUUCUUCUUAUUCAGCUUACCAAGGGCUAUCAUCGCAAUUUCCUAGCAGUCAUCUGAUAUUUAUUGGGACCCUAAGGGAAUACACGAAAGAAAAACUCCUGCACGGGAAAGAAAAUAUGGCAUAAAGGCUAAUGCUAGGUACUGAGCAAUAUCCGGAUUAAAGAUAGGGAAUGAUACCCACCUUGUUGUUGUUUAUGACCACCCUUCUAUUUUAUCAACCUGUAAUUCUACCAGAUGUUUCUAUUAUAUAUUAGGCUUGAGAAUCAAUCCAUAUAUUUCUUCGUAGUUAA